AUGAGGUUAAAGAUCUCUACUCCGAAAGGAGGUAAUAAGGUCAUAAAUUUAUCAAAUGAUGCGACAUUUGAAGAUCUAAUUGCAGAAGUUAAAACGACUUUUGGUGAUAUAUCUAUUGGUAAAGUGCGGUAUGGAUAUCCACUACAAACUAUUGACAUUGAAGAACAAGUGGGUAAUAUAUUGUUAAUGGAGCUAGGAAUUAGUAGUGGAGAAAGAAUUACUGUGGAAAGUAAGAAUUCUGAUAAGAAUACAAAACAUGUAGGUCAAACAUUACCAGGUUCUUGUAUUCUUAGGAAUGAAAAGCAGGGUGGACCUGAAUCUCUCCCUGACAGAAUCAGUGUACGCCCUGGCGUUCUACUUCAAGUUCAUGAAGUCCCUGACGAUAAUUCGUGUUUAUUUCAUGCCAUUUCUUAUGCUGUAUAUAAGGAUAUGGUAGUCUCUUACCAAUUUCGGGAAGUUGUUGCCAACGAAAUUUUAGCCAACCCAAUUGAGUACUCUGAUUCUAUCCUCGGGAGGCCUAAUCUUCAAUAUUAUGAAUGGAUUUUGAAAUCAACUUCUUGGGGGGGUGCUAUUGAGAUUGCAAUAUUAUCAAAGUAUCUCAAAAUUGCCAUAUUUGUGCUUGAUAUAGACGCCGGCCGGUUUGAAAAGUUUAACGAGGAUAAGUAUUCAAAACUAAUGAUAUUAGCAUUUUCUGGUAUUCAUUACGAUACUGUUGAAAUUUUUCAUGAGAGCAGCAAAGAGGUAGAAACUAUAUUUAAAGUGGAUGAUUCAGAAACAGACACGCUUCUCGCUAAGGCUGCAGAAGUAGCUUCCAAAAUGAAAAAGGCUGGACUAUCAUUCAACACUCAUAAAGGUCACAUAAAAUGCAAUUCUUGUGGAGUGUUGUUAGUUGGGGAGCGCGAAGUAGCUCAUCAUGCCGAGAGCACCGGGCAUGUUGACUUUGGACAAGCUCCGGAGUAA